AUGCUCUUCUUCAGCUUCUUCAAGACUCUUACCAACCAAACGGUGACCAUCGAACUCAAGAACGACAUUCGCAUCCGCGGCACUCUCAAAUCCGUCGACCAGUACCUGAACAUUAAGCUGGAUGAUGUCGACGUUCUGGAUCUGGAUAAAUACCCGCAUCUGUCCUCCGUGAAGAACAUGUUUAUUCGUGGUAGUGUGGUGCGCUAUGUUAUGUUGCCGAGGUCGGAGGUCGAUAUUGGGCUUUUGGAGGAUGCGACGAGGAGAGAGGCUGCGAACCAGGCUGGCAAAGCUCGGUGA